AUGCCGCUGAUGUACCUCAGUUACACCGAAGGCACCUUCACCCCCGACGCGCUCAACCAGGUCGUCGACCAAAUCACGCGUGACGGCAUCUCGCUCGAGAAACUGCCGCUGACGCCCUGGGUCCAUUCAACCACGUGGGUUUUCGCCCGCGAGUAUCCCCGCGCCCAAGUCUUCCACGGCGGCAAGAGCACGGGCGCCCGUGGCUUCGUCGCGCUGGACAUCAACGUCAUCCAAGGCGGCUACAGCGCCGCGACGAAGCAGGAGCUCAUCAAACGCGUCACAGACACGGUGGGAAAAUAUGGUGACUUGCCCACGGACGAGCCCCGCCGUGUCUAUGUCAUCAUUCGGGAGGUCGCGGAGAGCAACUGGGGAUUUGACGGCCAGACGAUCGAUCUGGAAAUGCUCCGGAAUCCGCCUGAGGAUCUCAAACCGCUCUGA